AAACACAACACUUCUUAUCAGUUCAAGUGAAAAACGAUAACGUCAAACAAAAUUCUUGUCUUCUUUUUCAGUAUGUUUCCUGAGUUUUCUUCAAAAUUGCAAUGUUUUACUUUUGGUCCAUCAGUUUUUCUAUCAGUAUUCUUGCUCAGUUGUCUCUUGCCUUAAAAACCUCUUUCAAUAUUUUUCGACCCAAUCAACCACUUGACUUUUUAGAAUCCAAGUAUGGCUCAUUCUCUGAAGAGCUUCGAAUUAAAAUGUUGGAUCAAGCUAGAGAAAUGUUUUAUUUCGGCUACGAUAAUUACAUGAAACAUGCAUUUCCUAAGGAUGAGCUCAAUCCAAUCCUUUGCACAGGCCGGGGCCCAGAUUACGAAAAUCCGUCCAACAUUAACAUAAAUGAUAUUCUAGGCGAUUACUGUCUUACACUAGUGGACACUCUCGACACUCUAGCUAUUGUGGGCAAUGCUACCGAAUUUCAGCGUGCCGUAUCACUUGUUGUUGAAACUGUUGACUUUGAUAAAGACAAUGUAGUACAAGUCUUUGAAGCUAAUAUCAGAAUAAUCGGAGCUCUUCUUUCGGCCCAUUUACUCAUUGAGGAUGAAGAGCAACCGUUUGGUGAUGUACGACCAUCGUGGUAUGAGGGACAGUUGUUGCAGCUGGCUCAUGAUCUUGCAGUGCGGUUGUUGCCUGCAUUUGAAGAUACUCCAACUGGCAUCCCUCAACCAAGGGUAAACCUAAGGCAUGGAAUUCCUAAAAAUAUUAGCAACACGGAGACAUGUCCUGCUGGAGCAGGGAGUCUUUUAUUGGAGAUGGGUUUACUCAGUCGACUUCUUGGUGACCCUGUUUAUGAGGGCUAUGCAAGAACCGCUAUAAGGGCACUGUGGAAAGUACGGGCUAAAUCUACUGGACUCCUAGGAAAUGUCAUAGAUGCUAUGUCUGGUGAAUGGAUUGGUAAUUUAAGCGGUUUAGGUGCUGGUUUAGAUUCUUUUUAUGAAUAUCUGCUCAAAUCAUACAUCAUGUUUGGUGAAACUGAAGACUAUGCAAUGUUUCAUGAGGCCUACCAGAAUAUCAAACAGCAUUUGAGAAGAGGACGCUCACAGUGUAACAAUGGAGAAGGUGAUCAUCCUCUCUUUGUUAAUGUCGACAUGAAUACUGGUGCAGUUUUAUCAACGUGGAUUGAUUCCUUGCAAGCAGCGUUUGCUGGAAUUCAGGUUUUAGAUGGAGAUAUUGAAGAGGCUAUAUGCUCACACGCCCUUUAUUAUUUGAUUUGGAAAAGACAUGGUGUUCUACCUGAGAGAUGGAAUUGGAAAAGCCUAGCAGCUGAUGUCAAGUUUUACCCUCUUAGACCGGAAUUAAUUGAAUCAACCUAUAUUCUCUAUCAGGCUACCAAAAGUCCAUUUUACUUGCACGUUGGUCGUGAUAUUUUGGAAAGUCUGAAUCAUUUUACCAGGACGGAAUGUGGCUAUGCAACCGUUCAUAAUGUUUUCGACAUGAGUUUAGAAGAUCGAAUGGAGAGCUUCUUUCUGUCUGAAACUGCAAAAUAUUUGUACCUGCUAUUUGAUGUUGAUAAUCAUGUCAACAAAAACUUUGAUAAAUUCGUAUUUAGCACAGAAGGUCACAUAUUUCCUGUCAACGCAGCCUUCCGGUCGAAGCCAUGGGUUAAAGAGCCAUCCCCACCAUUGAAGCCUCUAUCCUACUAUAACAUCUCAGAACCUGUGUGCAAUUCUGUGGACCAGGAGAAAAAAUAUUUUCUACCUCUGAAAAGUAAAUAUCUCUUACAAAUUGGAAAAAUUCUGAGUAUUGAAGGUAUGUAAUUGAAAUGAAGAAGUCCACUAUCCUAUGCAAGCAUUUUUCUGCAAAUGGUCUCUUCGGUGUGAGUCAUCCAAUUUAUUUCCCAAGAAUCAAUUGAACUAGUUUAUAACCUCACUGUAAUAUCUUGUCUUGAGGAAUUGAAUCCUUUUUAAAGGGCAAGGUAAGCAUUGACAGAAUGAUCGAAAGGGACAGUAGGAGGCAUGUCUUGUCUGACAAGUUUCGAAGAGUGCUCUAGAAUUAAAGUUUUGUCAGGAAACCAGGAGCCUCUCUUCCAAAUUCUUUGCUCAGUGAGUAAAGUUGCGAUACUGUGAUGCUAGGAUGGUACUUAAUUUUUUCCUACUUCUUUUUUCUAAUAAGUUAUGCUACGGACUUGUAUUACAGUUGUUGCUCAACAGAGCUAAACUCUGUAAACACAUCGUGAAUUUUCAUCAGUUUUGAAAGAAUACUGAAUUAUUCGUGUGUUCAAGAAUGAACCACUAGACAAGGUCUGAAUUAGAGACAAACGUUGCACGUUUUUUCUACAAAUUCUCUUGUAGAAUGGAAUACACACACCGGCAACUUUAGUAAUCAUCUCCUGAAUGAGAUAUGACGAAGUAUUUUAAAUACAGAUUAAAUGAAAAUUUGAUCAGAUGAAUCGCACCAUUUGUAUUUUCGCCCUUCAAUUAAUAUUAAUGGUAAACACUUUUAACUUGUUUAAGAGUUGAUUUUCAGACUUGCCGUCGUGUCAUUUGCUUUCCUUAUGGACUUUUGACGAGACCAUAUGUCACAUAGUACUUUACAUAAUUCAUACCUUGUUGUAAGGCACAUUUUCUAUAGUCAGGAAAUAAAUAAAAAAUGAAAAAUCAAUUACAUCAUCGAAUAUGGUCAAAUGAGAAAAGCAUCAGAGUUUGCGCCAAAUGAGGUGGCUGAUUUUUAGAUUACUACUAAGAAUUAGCAUCUUGACUCCUGAAUUUUAUUCCAAUGCAAAGGUGGGGAUAGUAGAUCCUCUACUGCAUUUAAUCAGCUAACUAAUCUUACAUGAACUCCAGUUGUUAUUCAUUUCUAGAAAAUUGAGAUUUUUGAACUAUAUUUUAUCUGAAUUUAACUAUCGAAUCACUUAAUAUUUUUUGCAGAUCAUUGUGUUACAUUUGAAAACCUAAGAUAUUUAUCUAUGAAUCCUUUAUUUUUUCUUUGAGAGUUUUAAAAAAGGUGGGUGUCUUCCAUGAAGGUCUCCAUCAAAUAGUGAGAGUUGUUUAUCUUUUUAUUACAUUCCAAGUGCCCUUUCAAAAUCUUCUCAUUUACUCUGCUUUCGGCGGGAAAGAUUGUUCCUGUCUGAACAAACUUCUCUCUUUUAGUGUAAGUAACUCACUAGUAGUUCAUAAAGUUAUAUCAAUUUCUGGCAAAGCAGGAAGUUUUCUAAAGGUUGUCUGUGUUAUUAAGUCAUGCAACUCAUUUGAACUUAAGCUAGUCGCUUCAAUUUUUCUAGACAGCUCAGGUAUUUUCCACUGUGGAUAUUAAUUAGUCUGUCUGAAGGAUGUCUCUUUUUACAUUUAGCCUAAUCAUUAACUUCCCUUUGCCUUCUUCCUUAUUUCAUCCCUUCAUUUUGGUUGUCUCGUUAACUUGUCUCUAAAGUUGAAAAAUCAUUAAAGUUUAUGUAAAUUUUUCUAUUUUAUUACUUGAUUAAGAAAAAGGUAGUUUUGACCAGUUUAGUCACUGCGUACCUGCAUAUUCGUCAGUAUUUUCUGAAGAAUGUUUUUUCAAUAGUGAAAAAAUGUGAUAAACGAGACUAAUCUAUUCGGAAUAGCCUUCCAACGAACGAAUUUAUAGCUUGAUGACAUCUCAUUACUUGGACUUGUACCGUAGGUAGUGCUAGCACUAGUCCAGUGAUUGUCAAAUUGAUUUCAGUUCCUACUAAAACAAAAGAGCACUGCUUCCAACUUACCUGUAGGCCAAUCAUAGACCCAAAAAAUAGGAACUAUUUUGUAAACUAGUAACCAGGAGGUAAAACAUGCUAUUUUAAGUAUGUACUGAAAGUUUUUGUAUCAUGAUCCACUUCUCUUCGAGGUUAUUCUGUUUAUUAUUGAAUUUAAAAGGUAGAUAAGUUGCAUUUGUCGCAGAAUUUGUUUUUGUUCUUAUGAUUGCAACCAAUCAUGCAAACUAGUUUCAGCAAAACAUAAUAAUAAUAAAAGCUCUCGAAACCAGAGCUCUAGAAAAUAGGAAAUUAACUGUGGGGAGAGAACUCUAAAAAACAUUAGGAACUUUGGAGAGACCCAUUAAGUAUAAGGAAUUUUGAUACUUUACUGCGAUGAUGGUUGAAAUUUUUCAAUUUCGGCGGCUGGAAUGAUUUUAUUGCUGUAAACAUCGAAAAAUGCAUCUUUUUUGGGAUUGAUGACUUGGAUCCUUGCUGAAAUAGUCACCGAAGUAUGUUCUCUUGGGCAGCGUUCAGCAGAAAGGAACGAAGUCCAUUGCGGUAUUUUCAAAAUCGUGUAACUUCUACUUUACCAUAAAGAAAACUGAAUGCACGUACAAUAAUCAAACUUAUGAAUUUUUUCUACUUCAAACUAACAAUUCUUUGACAGAAAAAUAAAAAGUGUUCUAACUUUGGGGUGUUUUCCAGAAAAAGAAAGAAUUGUACAAUUUUGAAAACACUGUAAUGAACUUAGUUCCUUUCCGCUAAAAGCUGUCAUGACUCAUAGGAUUUUUAAAGGUUAUCAAUGAAAGCUAUCAACGGCUCAUUUAGGUCUGGAUAUCAAUGAGCAGAUGCCCAUUUUGAUGUCCUGUGGCAAAUAACCCCCAGAAAAAUGAUGACCAGAUCAUCCCUAAUUGCUAAACCAAACUCUUCUAAAGUACACUUGACAUGUAGACAGACUUUGUUAUCAUUUGCCAAUCCAUCAAAAUCAUUUAUCAAAACACAAUUCUGCAACACGCAAAACCACCUCAUCAGAGUUUCUUCUCUUUUAAGUUUAUAUAUCUAACUUGAGUCAUCAUAGAAGUGGGGCGGAAACAUUCUGUGUUGUUGAUGAAAUUUCCGAACCACAUACCUCGCUUUGAGUAGUUGCAUACUUCCUAUCACACCUAAUUUUUCAGCAGAAAACUGUUCAACCUCAUUUCUUGAAAACUUGUUCUUCUCUGUCUGAAGAGUAUUAUUUAAAAAUUUCAAAGUAUGAUUUUUGUUUGUUUUCCAUUAAAAAAGGAAUACUUACAGCAAAGGAGAUAUCAAAACACUGCAUUAGAGAUACAUGGUCUGGUCAUUUCAACGUUGAUAUGUUAUUCUGUAUCCUAUGACAUUCUAUGAGUAGGAAACACUAAUGUGUGGAAAGACUGAGAACCCAUUCAUCUCUUUGGUUACUUAAGAUAGAGCACAAUCCCAAUUUAAGUUUGAAGUGUGCCAUAGUUUGACUCGUGAAUUUCUUAAGUCACUCCAUAUAGAUUAACAUCUGAAAGACUUAUGUUUCCCAUUAAAUCAUUUCUGUAUGUAUCAACUUGGUUGAUUUUGUAAGUAAUAAUAAAAAUAAUUUGAAGAAUUUGCAACACCCUCAUAGUGAAAAGGUGCAAAUGAAUUUCUGGAUGCUCUCGAAGUAUCAAUCAUUGUUCUCCUCAAGUUUUUCUUUCUAUUCUAUUCUUUAUUUUGGUUUUUAAGUGAACGUUUUUUAAAAUAAAUUUGUACAUUUCUAACAGCAGUUGUGUUCAAAUUAAAGUUUAUUUUUAUCAGAAGUUAACAUUUGUUAUUUCGAGUCAUUAGAGUAUUUUUAACCAUUUGUUUUGUACAGACUCACUUUUAAUUGUUAUAACACGAUCAUUGAGUGUCAAAUAUAAUUUUGUUGAUCUGAUAA